AUGACUGACUUUUGUGAACUUACACUAGAAAGAAAAGGAUUCUACGGUGUGGACUUUUCCAAGCAGUUGGAUCAAAUCAAGUGCCUCGUGUUCGACAUGGAGUGCCUUUGGCUGGAAGUGGUACCAAUUGCGGCACUUAUCGAGCGCCAAAAAGAACAAAACCCAAAUCUGGACUGCACCGAGGCCCUGAUCGACCAAACGCUGCUGGCCGGUGGCAGUGCAAACUAUAGUGCGAACAUCGUCGAAGGAUGUGUACACUUUGCUGCCAAAUACUAUCUGGAAAACUAUCCAAUCCGGUUUCAGUUCCACCUAAACCGGGCCACGGCACAAGAAGUUUCCCGCCAUUACAUCAAGCCGCUGUGGCGCACCUUGCUACGACAGGAAACGGAAAUUCGUGCGCUUGUGGAAGAAUUGAAACGAAAAGACGUAGAAAUAGCACAGUACCAAGCGGAAGGGGCCCGGCUAAAUAGAACCACCGUGCAGACAGACACGUUCGAUGAGCAGAAGUUCCGGCAAGCAUUCCCCGUUCAGCUGCCGGUGCAAAGUGUGUAUGUACAAACGCUUUUAAACAGUGACGUGCACCGUAGUAAUCUAAUGAAAAUGUUGGAGCUUGAGCAUAACAUAGGCGAUUCAGCAAGAGGCAGAAACAAGCUGCCAGUUCCUGUCACCCAACAGUUUAACUCACCUUCAAGACGAAGGAAAAAACGUGCAAGACCAAUGAUGGUGCCAGAUGUUACCAAAACUUCCAUCGAGUAUGAACAUGAAGAGGACGAUUGA